AAAAUUUUCAAUUUUUAACAAAAAUAAGAAAUUUCAAUUUUUACACAACCCAAAAAUUUCAUUGUCUGACGCGCGUUGCCAAACCCCAUGAACAGCGCGCGUGAUGCACAUAUGAAAAGAAAUCUCUAAGAAGAAGUUGGGCCAAAAAAGAAAAGUGAUAUCAGAAAAAGUUCCUUAAUACACAGAGAUCGAUAUAUAUAUAAACGGAGAAAAAGAGCUGACGCGGAGAGCGCCAGCAAAAGAGAGCAAGAGAGGGAAGGAACGAGAGCGCAACACACAACAAAGUCAUAAAACAAGCAACGGCCGUGCUGCUAAUUACAAUCAAUCAGAGUUCCUUGUUAGAGAUCUAUAGAGAGAGCCAUCUAUAAAAUGAUUUCCCACAGUCCACCCAUAUUCAGUCACAGUCCACCCGUUAGUUUCCUAACGGACUAUAUGAGCGGACAUCAGCGUCAAACACUAAACUACAAUGACGAGCCCAAUAGCAUAAGCUCGCGCUAUUGCCGCCCUCAAGCCGUAACUCUGGCAUCCAAAGCUAUGGUCAACAACGCAUCCAAUGCUGCCCAGGGCCAGCAGCUGCCCACCAAGACAGGUGGCACGCCCCUCGGCGUGGGCAGUCGCUCUGGCCGAAGUUAUUUGGAGCGCAUGGUCUCUGCCCCAUCGCUCAACACACAGCCCAAAUCGUGUCUCAGCCGCAAAUCCUGCCUGCACAAAGCCAAUCAAAUCUGCAGCAUCCCAAUCACAGAUUCUGCAUCCACGGUGACUGAAGAGCCUACAGAAGCAAGCAGCGAUUUAGAUGGAUUUGCCAACUGCAAGCAAAGUCACUUGCGCAAAAAACAUGUGAUCUUUGCGGAUGACGAGGGUUUGUCGCUAACGGAGGUGCGCGUCAUGUCCGAGCCCUCGAACGUGCCACCAUAUUGGAGCAUGAAGUUCUUGGAGCAGAUCACACAGGGACUGGUCAGUCCGCAUCCGCCAGAUCAGUGGACCGUGGACUUCAAGCAGCCAGCAUCUGACUAUUUGACAUUUAGACAAAAGAUUGAACGGGACUUUGUCUCGCUGGAGAAUGUCAUUGUGAAGGAUGAGGAAUCGAUUGUGGUGGGCACCAUCAAGGUGAGGAACAUUGAUUUUACGAAGGAAGUCAUUGUGCGCGUCACCUGGGACAACUGGAAGAGCCAACAGGACAUAUUUUGCACAUUUGCCAGGGCUUACGGCCCUGCCACCUGCGCCCACGUUGUCUUCGAUACAUUCUCAUUCAAGAUCACGCUGCCCCCAUCCUCCAAGCGUCUGGAGUUCUGCAUUUGCUAUCGCACAAAUGAGAAGGAAUUCUGGGACAACAAUGAUGGUAAAAACUAUACCAUCAGCAAACGGUCGCCUUUCUACUACAAUGCCCUGUCGCCCUAUGAUAAGGGUCAGAAUCGGAGCUCCAGUCAGCAAAUGCGUUCCACCUUAACCGAUGCACUUGCCAAAGCCCAGCAGAAGAAUAGUUGGAGCCAGGAGCCAAAUACGCCAUAUUGGUAGAGCAUAUAUGUAUAUAUAGUUAAAUUUAGUAUGGAAGGUCAAGCUAAUUGUAUAGCUGAGCCGGUCUGUGACUGCAUCGGGCACUGAGAUCAAUGUGAUUCAGUUGCGAGUGGAAUUUGAUUUGUGUCUGAACCAAACACGCAAAUUUCACCCUAGAAGUUGCCUCUGGGCAUUACAUUUUACAAUUUUGAGUUGGAUUUCAUUCAUCAUUUAUAAUCGUACCACACGACACCCACGCCCACUCCCACAAGCCCUUUCUUAAGCCAGAAUCUGGUAAGGUGCCAUUGACUUGAGUUUUUCUCUACGUACAAUCAAACAGAAACUACUUUUAAUUUUAAGCACAAAUGAGCAAAAAACGGAAAGAGAAGAGGAAGAAGCUCAUUGAAUUUCAAGAUCCAUAUCCUUAUAACCCAUACACAUAUCCCCAAAAUAUUUUUGUAGUACGUUUGAUUGUGUCACGAUAUCAAUAUCAAUUUUUAAUUUCCUGUACUUUAUGUUUACCUGUAUGCCUGUGUGAUUGUCUACCAUAUAAACUGAUAUUAGCUUAAAAACAUAACAGCUCAAGUAAAAAUAAAUUUAAAAAAUACAAAAAAAAAAUA